AAGGCUUGGAGGUGGUGGUCAUGGCGGCCUUAUUUGGUGUCAAAGGUGAUCAGGUCGUGCACUGUCCUGCUGUGAGGCGAGUUCAGAUGGUAUAUUUACCCAGUCGUCCUCGCCUCAACCUGUAUUCAUUCUUCCAUCAACAAACCAGCAGCAGAACGCGCCUACCACUCUUUUAGGUCGUGAACUGUCUAUAGUACACCAUGUCGCUCGCUAAUACCCUUCUUUUCCUGGCUGCCGCGGCGCCGGGAGUUCUUUCCACUGCCAUCACCACUAUUACUCCUUGCCCGGCCAACCCAACUUUGGCCGCGCCCAUCACUGUCACUGAGCAAUACGAAACCGUCUCAACCUGCGGUGUCUCAGUGAGCUGCAACAAGUGGAAGUCCUGCACGACCACCUACCCAUUCACAACCAGCGUCUUCGUGUCCACCACCAUUCCAUGCUCAUGGAACGGCACGGCGGCUAGCUCCACAAUCGUCACCACCACUGACCAGAUUGUCACUGGAUCAGUUGCCAGCACCACGCUCAGCACCGUCUCAGCAGUUGAGACCUUCGGCUGGGGUGCCAAGUGGGGAUGGGCCUCGGAGUCCACCAGUUAUACCACCCAGUAUGAGACCAGAGUCAAGGAAUGGGACGCCCCAUACGAGACUCUCGGCCCCAUCGCUGUUUCUGGCUGGGAGGGCAGCGGUCUUUGCACUGAUUGCGAGGAAGGCGACGUGAAGAUUCAGACCUGGAACCUGCUCCUUCGGCUGGUACUUACUACAUCACUUUCCCGCAAUCUGCUCCUCCCGCCACUGUCACAAUCCCCGCACAUGGCAGCCAACCUGAGACUGUCACCGUGGUUGCAGGCCAGAGCUGGGAUGCCGUUGUCACCCGAUCAUGCCGUGCACCAACGUCCAACAGCACCACCACUUCCACCACCACUGGCACUCCUGUUGCAACAAUCAUGCCAGAAGGCUUGACUUUCGCACUUGAGGUCACAUUCGAUGGCGCUUCCGCCAAGAAGCGUGCGGUUGACAACUCGUCCCUCACCUACCUG